AUGGAGAAGCAUUCCAAGUGUAUAAAUGAGACCAUAAAUGCUGUUAAUAACCAGAUUUGUGUAAGAGGAAUAUUGGCUGUGCGUUUGCACAAAGUUGCUGUGGCUGAAGAUCUAGCCAAAGAAAGGAGACAUAAACACGGUAUAAACUCUUCUGCGGUUAUGACUAGGAGAUCUUCUUAUACACCUGGUUGUUCUGUCCUUAAAAAUGAUAUCAAACAGCAGCUAGCCAAGGAACGCAGGGAAGAACAAAAACGUCAACAAGAUGCCAAUAAGGAGAGACAUCUUAUGGAAAAAGAGCAGAAGUCUAAGUUGCAUUAUGAGAAACAGCUGGAAAAAAAGCAGUGUAAACUGAGGGAACAGAAGGAAAAGGGUGAACAAAGACGCGUAUCAGCAGAACAAAAGAGGAAACAGAAGCAGGCAGAAGAAAAAAAAAGAUUUAAGGCAGUUGUCUCUCGUACAAUGGAGCGAUGUAAACAUUUUGAUCAACAUCGGAAAAGCAAGUCACAGGAGAGUGGUGCAAUCAACACCAACACAUAUGCAAAAAUGCAGGUUGCAGCAAAAUUAGCAAUAACACCAACAAUGAAAGCAGAAAUACCGCUCAAGGAAGAUGUGAAAGAACCAGCAAAGGUGAAAAGAGAAAUCCCACCCAAGGAGAACAUGGAAUUGUCCUAUCUAGCAAAAAUAGCAGGAUUAUCUAAAGCUCAUGUGGAAGUAAUACUCCAGAAAAUGAAGGACAUCUCUGAAGUUAAGGUGGACUCCUCUCCCAAGGUGAAUAUUGAAGAACCCAGUGAUGUGAAUAUAACAAGACACCCUACAUCAAAUGUUGACCAGCUACCCAUGGUGAAUGUGGAUGCCUCUCUAAGUGCCAGACCAUCCCCUGUUGUGAGUGAAGAUUCAUCCCUGAGUAUGGGAUCAUCCUCCGCUUUGAGUGUGGAAAUAUCUCCUGCUGUCAACAUGGAUACCUCACCAGAAGCAAGUAUAAAUACCUCAACUGAAUUAAGUACGGACUCAGCAAGUGUAGAAGUUGCCUCAGCAGGAAGUACAGCUCUUCAGAGCAGUGGGGAACAACGUUUUGAAGCAAGUGUAGAAGGACAGCCUGAGGCAAGUGCUGAAACAUCACCAAAGAACCCAGAAAUGGACAAAAAGAAAGUAGACUGUGCCAUCAAGAAACAACCAUCAUGCCUCAUACUAUGUUAUAAAUGGCCAUCUACUCCCUUACUUGGGUGCUACCCACCUUCUCCCUUGAAGACUAUCACACAGAAUCAAAUAAUUCAUCCUCCAUCCCAUCCAGAAGUCUCAACAAAGUUAUCAACAAAACCUCCUCUGUCUUAUAAAAUAACCCCAUUUCAGAAUAUCUUAUGUAUGCCAAAAUCAUUCGGUAUGAUAAAGAAAAAUGAAAACAUUCAAAAUCAUCUGAUCAAAACAGAAUCUGGUGAUAAAAAGAAAACAAGCAAUGAAGCUGCCAUAAAAGCUUUCUUAGAGAUACACCGUACUAUUUAUGAACAAAACACGAACAAGGAAACAGAGAAUUUCAUAAAAGAGACAAAGCAAAGGAAUUCAGAACAUAUGGCGGAGAAAGGGUAUGAAAGCCCAGCCAAAAAAUUUUCACUCCACGAAGAUAUGCAGCAAGAAAAAGAUCUGACAAAGAGAUAUUUUGGGUCACAAGAAAACCAAAAGAAACAGCUACAGAAAGGGGACAGCGCCAUGAUGAAAUCUCAGGACAGAGCUGAAGACAGAAAAAGGGAAAAUAAAAAACUUAUGUUAAAAAAUUUGCAAGAAAGAUUAGAAAGAAGAAAGUUUUUGGAACUAUUCAAUAAUCGUAUAUCCAAAGAGGAUGAAGCCAAAGAUGAAGGUGAAACAAACGAUAAGGAAUCUCCUGAGAUGUUUCCAUCAGGUUUGUUUGUUCCUCAUGGUUGUACACGUGAGCAAACAGUGAUACUACCAAAAAGGGGUUGGGUUGAAGCAGUCUGGCAGAGACCCCCAUCCUAUCACACCAGGAUCAGAGGAACGAAGACAUCAUCUAUGAAACUCAAAAAGUUUCACAAAAAUGCCAAUAAAAGGCGUCAAAUGCUAGCAUUUUUAAAAGCAGGGUCUAGUGAAACUAAUACUAAAAAAAAAAAAAUAUUGGAAGGAUACCCACUAAAAAAACUACCAACUUCCUGCCCAGUAAAAAGCAGGAAAAUGAGGGAAGCCAGUACUGCCAUUCAAUCUCCUCUGAGUGUUACUAACAAUCAGGAGUGGAUUUCUGAUGAGACUGUAGACUUCAAGUAUGCCACUGAAACACCUAUUAUAAGAACAGCUUCUGGAAGUAACAAACAAAAUUCAAAGGAUUCUGUGACAUCUUGCCCAGGUUUUAAGUUAUCUUUGGAACGUAAAGAUAGAGGCAAACCUGUUUUUGCUCAUUUAGCAAAGGCCUUUUCACAUCUCGACCUAGCUGGACAAGCAAAUAACCUUGAAAACCCGUUUGCCUAUAGACGUUCCAAGAUGCCAUUCGGAGGAGAGGAAGAAGGUGGUGAGUCUGUAGGAAUGAUCUAUCAGAUUUUCCCAAUAAGUUAA